AGGGGACAAGUAGUGAAAUAGGGAGGGGCAGGUCGGUGCAAGCCGUAGCAGCCGAGUCCUCAGUCUCUGUUACACUUUUAUUCUGAAGCUGAAGAUAAAUUUCUCUUAACUAUCUUAAGAACUCUUGCCCAGUAACACUCUCUUAACUCUGACCAUCUCUCAUCCUGACCUUGUGAACUUCUCUGUGAUUUGUUGCUUUUUCAGUCGACAAGGAUUGGUUGAAUUACGGAAAGCAAAACAGUUUUGAGCAAUGAACAAGGAUAAGAUUUUUAAGCUAGCAAAGGGGUUCAGGGGAAGGGCUAAAAAUUGUAUUAGAAUAGCAAGAGAAAGGGUGGAGAAGGCCUUGCAGUAUUCAUAUAGAGAUCGCAGAAACAAGAAGAGGGACAUGCGCUCCCUUUGGAUACAGCGCAUCAAUGCUGGCACCCGCCUCCAUGGAGUUAAUUAUGGGAAUUUCAUGCAUGGGCUGAUGAAGGAGAAUAUCCAACUAAACAGGAAAGUUCUGUCUGAGCUGUCUAUGCAUGAACCACAUAGCUUCAAGUCCCUGGUAGAUAUCUCUCGGAAUGCGUUUCCUGGAAACAAGGCGGUGUUUCCUCCCAAAAAGGAAGGCAUUUCAAUUGUUGUGUAAUUUUGGCUAUUUGGAUGUGUUCAUCCUUUUUUUUAUAACCUUUUAGAAUUUGUACCAAACAAUUUUGUGGUUUAUUUUUUGCUCUUCCUACUUAAUUUGAUCAUUGUGUCUAUUAAUCCAAACUUGUAAAAGAACAUGAUGUAUUGGGAAUCUAGAGUCUUCGACUUAAUUUAUAAGAUUUUGAUUGCUAAAA